ACGAGGUUUCUGGCCAGCAUAGCCCGUAGGUUGCGUCUGGUGGAGGGAGAGUGAGCGGGGCUGCCCUGAAUGGAUUGACAUUAGAGGGAUUUACAUUUUAACUGGUGUCGUGCUCCGCAAAGACUACACGGUGCACGCUGGAAACCAACUAUUCUACUCGAUGUUUGUCCAUGUUGGUGCUUAUAACAUGUCCAUGUGUCAUCGUCGUGAGAGGAUUGAACUUGCCAGCAGUCUAUAUUUGUCGAGGAGGGAAACCAAUACAAGGUCUCGCUGUCUUGCUGGAGCGGAGUAUUAUUAGCAGUUCAGACAGUGCAACUGUCUCACUCUGGUCAUGCACUGAAUAACACCAUAAUGAUUGCAUCAUAAUUUACAACUUAAGAAUACAACGCACAAGAGGACGAUUUUAAAAAGAAGAAAGUUGUAUGCUGAGCGUAAAGUAAACAUUCACCUGGCUCCCAUGCCGGCUGCCAGAAGUCCUCCUCUACACACCCUCAGCCAUGCCUGCUUCUACCAAAACCACCAGGAGACAGACACCUGCCCAGAGGAAGCAUGCCCAGAAAGUGAUCAGCACCAAGAGGCAAACCUUUAACUCAAAUAAACCCAGAGGAAGAGCCACAGAGAGGCCCCAGAAAACACCUGCAGAAACCAAAAGGUUGACAGCCAGGGCUCAGGUGCAGUCGGCUCAAAGCCCUCGUGGAAGAGGGGUUAGUGGGCCUGCUAGUCAGGGCCCUGGGAGGUCGCCCAGCAGAGUUAACCAUGCCUUAAGUGUAACAGGAUCUGCAAGGCUUAGACGGCUGAGCAAUCUGCCUGAACCCACUGGCAAGUUACAAGACCCCCCAGAGCGAAGGAAGUCCCUGCGGGGCACACAGGUGUCUGUUACCCUCUGCCAGCUUCCUAAACCAUGCAGAGGAGGGAGGAGCAGGAGAGGUGGUGCAGGGAGAGGUGCAGCAUCACAGCGUGGAAACACAAGAAGCCGACCGUCAACCAGCAUCAAUGAUUCAACAUCUGAUUUGGAAAAUGCUAAAUUGGACAUCUGUCAUGUUGAAGAGAACGUUCCAGUUGCUCUGAAAACUGAUUUUGAAGUUCUGGCGGGAGUCAGAGAUAAGGGACUUGGAGUCAGCAAUGCAAAAGAGGGCAGCCCUCUUAAAGCAGAUUCACCACCACAUGACAACACACUGGAAGACUGCAUGCAGGGCAGCUUUGACAGCACUGUAACCCAACAAGAAAACAAGACUGUCCGCCAGAACAGUGAAAGCGACCGGAGGUGUGUGACCUCAGCCCUUGAGUGUGAUGAUGUUUAUGGACAGCUACAACUCUGCAGUGACACAACAAAAGAUAACCCCUCUGAGUCCUCAGCGCUAACAAGUAUUAGCACACCAGUGGUGCAGCGCGGCAGCAAGGGAAAUGAUAGAUCAUCUAUUCUUGGAAAUGAGCUUGAUCAUCCUGCGAGUGAUGAUCAAGCCUCUCAUCAAGAUGAUGUGGGCACUGUCCAACAAGAAGACGCAGACACAUUGCACAUGAAAGAGACAAGUAUGGAUGAAAAAAUGAUAGCUGCCACUGAAGGAAUGGAGGAUAUAAAUCAUGAGAGAAGAGAGAGUUUAGAGGCGGAGAGACAAAAUGAGACAGUGGAAGAGAUGGACGAGAUAGUUGAGAGGCUGGAUAACUGUAAGGAAGAUGGAGGGAAAAAUGAAAAGGAGAAAGUUUCCAUCAAUCCUGCUAACUCUCACUUCAGCACUCCAGCCCUUCAACCUUCGGCUUCACCUCCCCCUAACAAUGGCCUGACAGCACAGUCAGAAUCACCUGUAAAGGUGCAACUGGUCUCUGACAUAGCUACCUCAUAUCCCACCAAAGCUGCCACCCCCUCAGAGUCGAUUGAUUUAGAGGAGAUUGACAUGCAACCUACCUUAAACGGUGCUACACCUUGGUUAACGGGGUGCUCGACUGCUCCUGAAACUGGCCUGAAGUUGCAGACUGCUCAAGUGCAACGAAAAACACCAGUUAUUAUCCGUAGUGACUCCCUCAAAACUACAAGCUGGAGGGACUCGCACCAUUUUCAAAGUCAAGAGGCACCUUCCUCAGAGAGAGAAAGACAAGCUUACAGACCAGCAGAGAGGCUCACCAAAGAUAGUGAAUCUAAUUCAGAGCAACUGGAGCCUCAGAGCCAGGGAGAGACACCUUCUUUGUCAUUGUUGGUUGCUCCUCAGUUGAACUUGGAUGCUCUUACAGCUGAGAGCGAGCCAAACAUCAGCGAGGAAAGAAUUGUCUCAGUGCCAAAGAUCUUGACUCCCUCACUGGACAGCAGCUCCUCGUUCUCCUUCAGCUCAGAAAGCACUCGCUCCUCUUUUUCUUUAGACACUGAAUCAGAAGCAGGGUAUGGGGAGCCAAUCCCAACUUUACUACCUGGAUCCUGGGGGCUAGAGGGAACCCGCUUACCUUCCUGGAGCGCAAGGAAACCACAAAGGAAGGAGAGGAAGAAGCGGAGCAGGUGUGGGGCAUGCGAGCCGUGCCUGAGGAAGAUCAACUGUGGACAGUGCAGUUGCUGUUUGAACCGCAGUACUGGACACCAGAUCUGUAAGCUGAGGAAGUGUGUGGAGCUGAAGAGGAGAAGACCUUCCUCUCCAGUCUUCCUCUCUGCUGCUCAGGUGGUUCCAGAAAGUGGGUCGGUCAAUGGCAAAGGCAAGGCACAGAUGGAUGAAACCCACACGGCAGCAGCAGAGGAGGAUGAGGGGGAGGAAGGCCACAUACCUCAUACACAAUCUCCCCAUAUCACCCACUCGCUCAACCACAACCUGGCCUCGGACCAAGACGGAUGGCCAGCACUUGUUAAAAGAGAGCCUGGGCUCGAGCUGACCGACAAUGCACCUCACCAACAUGUAUGCUCUUCUAUGACUUUUCCAAACGGUUCUGCUGAGAACCUGACAAAACCUCAUGGUGCUAACAUGACCACUGGGUCACAGCCUCAUCUGAAAUCUGCAUUUAAAAGGACUACAACUGCAUCAGAGCCUCAAAGGACUAUAAUAGCUGCAACCCCAAAAGGAGGCUCUGAAAGUGGACUCAAGGUGCCUCAAGAUGACACGUCAGUUCCUCUGAAGAAGAUCAAACUGGAGGAACCGUGGAUGUGGAUCUCUGAACGGGCCCCCUCUAAGCUGAGUGAUGACGAUGAGGUCUGCGAAGACCCGCUAUCCACGCUUGCGGCGGUCGUGUGUCUUUCUGUCACAGAGAGGAAAGGACUGGAAGAGAAACUUUUCAGCUCACGUUCUCCUAUUCUUUGCUCCGUCAAAACAGAGCCACCAGAUUUGCACUUCAUAAAAAGAGAGCCCCAGGACUUUUGUCAGAAAAGCACUCCAGUCAGCCUGCAAAGGACUUCCCAGCCUGUGAAAAUUGAGCCUCCUCCAAGUGUCUUACAGCCGAGCAUACAGUCUUUGGCAGAGAGGAGAAAUCUUAGUUUUGAACAAGCUAUUGCUAUUGAGGCCUUGACUGAACUGGCAGAUAUACCUCAAAGCGCCCCAGGGUCCAUUAAAAGUGAAAGUAAGUGUGAACAUCCUGUUUCUACUUCUGCCCCAUUUUCAGCUUCUAAUACAACCCUGCAAGAAGCCAAACCUUCAGCAGCUAUCCACUACAACAAAGUCUCUGUCAUCAGCUCACCACUUCAUCAGAUGUCAGUCAUACGCCCUCCUGUGGCCAGACAAGGGAAUGUCAUCCAGUGCUCCAAGGGGUCCGGCUCAUACCCAAAGCUGUCUCUGCAGGAUCUUCUAGACGCCAGCUCAGAUGGUGAUAAAAUGACCCCAAGUAGGAAAGAGAACGGAUUUGGUUCUUGUGUUAUGAAGUCGGAAAGCUGCUACAGAGAUCCGAGUGACAUGAAGUUCAGAAAAGAUCAUGAUCGCUUGUGUGGGGACGACAAAGACAGGGUUGUUAGUAAAACAGGGAGGAACAGAGAUGAGGAGGAGGUAGCCGCUCAGCUUGCAGACCUCGCCUUCAUCAUUCAGUCACGACACAACCUGCACUCAGAGAACAACCCCCCGAAAGGAACGCCUGUGUCUGCCAUAAAAUACAAUUACAACUCACAGCUUCCACCCAGUCAGAAAAAGACCCCCACGAGGAAACCAAAAACUACGCCCUCCAAGCCCAGAAAGAAGAAGGUUAGUGAUGGAGGAGUCAACGGCAGGACCCCUCUAUCAAAGCGCAUGCAUAAUGGAGAGAUGCCACAUGGGGGCAGAGGCCAGAAGAUUCUCCAUCAGGGGAAAUCAGGCCAUCACCAUAAGAGGAACCUAUUUCUGCCUCAGACUCAAAUUGACCUGAAGAGGUACCUGGCUGAGGCUGAGGAGGAGAGGAGGCAGUUCAUCCAUCACAGUCAUGCAUACAAUUCAACGUUCAUGGGGAUGCAAAAUCAGAACUUCACCACUAACACAAGGAUCCAGCACACUCCUGGUCAAGAAUACCAACCAUGGUCCUUCUCGAAUGGCCCAAUCUAUCAACACAGUCCAUAUAACGGUCACACUGCAGGACCGAGGCCAGAGUAUGAAAGGACUUUGUUAUCUCAGGUAGCGCAGCAUGGUGCUGAUCCCAACACCAGCACAGCAAACCACACUUUCCCCAGCCACUCUAACGGGCACCACGGUCAGGCUAACGGCUUCUCAGGGGCUCAGAGGUCCCCUCCUCCGAGCCAGCAAGGCUACUACAAGCUGGAGAGGACAGGACCGGUCACUGUCCUGUCCACGGCUACUGAUGGAGACUCUGCAGAGUCAACUCCGAUCAAGAACAACGUCAACAGCUUUCUGGAGUCUCCUAUGAGUUUUCUGGAUACCCCGACCAAGAACCUGCUCAAUACACCUUCCAAAAAACUGGCUGAUCUUCCUUCCUGUCAAUGCGUGGAUCAAAUCAUUGAAAAGGAGGAAGGCCCUUACUACACUCACCUCGGGGCAGGUCCUAGUGUUUCUGCAGUGAGAGAAUUGAUGGAGAACAGGUAUGGUACCAAAGGGAAUGCAGUACGGGUGGAAGUUGUUGUUUAUACUGGGAAAGAAGGAAAGAGCUCCCAGGGGUGUCCAAUAGCUAAAUGGGUGAUUCGGCGAGGCAGUGAAGAGGAGAAGCUGCUGUGUUUGGUCCGCCAGAGGCCUGGACACUACUGUGACACGGCCGUGCUGGUGAUCCUCAUCCUGGCCUGGGAGGGAAUCUCUCGGCCAGUGGCUGACCAUCUCUACAAGGAGCUAACAGAGACCCUCCUUAAAUACGGCUCCCCCACCAGCCGGCGCUGUGCCCUCAAUGAAGAUCGUACGUGUGCGUGCCAGGGUUUAGACCCAGACACCUGUGGAGCUUCAUUUUCCUUUGGCUGCUCCUGGAGUAUGUACUUCAAUGGCUGUAAGUUUGCCCGCAGCAAAGUGCCACGCAAGUUUCGCCUGCUUGGAGACUACCCAGAGGAGGAGCACAAGGUAGAGAGCAACCUUCAGAAUCUCGCCAGCGACCUCGCCCCACUGUACAAAAGACUGGCUCCUGAGGCCUUCCAAAACCAGGUGGAAAAUGAGGCGACAGGAGAUGACUGCCGGCUGGGCAGGAGGGAGGGGCGUCCUUUCUCUGGGGUCACAGCCUGUGUGGAUUUCUGUGCUCACGCUCACAAGGACACUCACAACAUGAAUAACGGCAGCACUGUGGUCUGCACUUUAACGAAGGAAGAUAACCGUGCAGUGCGAAACAUACCAGAGGAUGAGCAGCUCCAUGUUCUACCGCUUUACAGGAUCUCUGACAGGGAUGAGUUCGGCCAUUUUGAGGGUCAGCUGGCAAAGAUGAGAAGUGGUGCUCUCCAAGUUCUGUCUGCCUUUCCCCGAGAGGUGCGUCUCUUGGCUGAGCCCGUGAAAUCAGCCCGUAAGAUCAGACAAGAAGCUCGUCAGAAGGCUCAGGCAGAGAAACUGGAGAAGAAGCUCGGUCUGACUCCUCUCACACCUGGGAAGGUGAAAAGUGAAACCCCCAACAAAGCAGAGCCACAGGGCUUCUUCAGCUCUUACAGACCUCCACCCAGACCUGCCAGCGUUGGAAGAUACCUACCAGAGGGGAACCUACCCAGCACUUAUAACCAGAGCACCAGCAGCUACCCCACUCUGGAUGCAGGGGUCAGCCCACAGAAGGAGGGCAUCUCCCCCAACCAACAUGGACUAGCAGGCCUACAGUUUGGACAGAAUGGUGCAGCUCUUUAUUAUAAGACAGUGACUGACGCUGUGAAUGGAUAUACUCCAUCACCUGGUGAGCACAGUGUUCUAUCAGAACGAAUACCUCGACAUAACGCCCUGAGUGACUACCCCUGUACUUUCAAAACUGAGCCCAACGAGGAGCACUGCUCUCCUCUGCGCAGACCCUCCCCCAUCGGGAGUGCUCCUUCUCCCUCCUCCUUCUCCCCGAGACCUACCUCUGAGGGCCUCUUCAGCAGGCUCAAUGGACUCCACAGGGCUGACGGCGAUGUCAGGGGGGAGAUCAGGGGUCAUGACCUUCCUCUGCUGUCAUCUCUCCCCCUUCCCCAGCAGACUCCCCCUCUCCAACCAGAGGAAUUAAAGCAGGAGGAGGUGUGGUCAGAUAGUGAGCACAACUUCCUGGACCACAAUAUAGGUGGCGUCGCUGUGGCACCAUCACACGGAUCCAUCUUAAUAGAGUGUGCCAGGCGGGAGCUCCACGCCACCACCCCCAUCCUCCGCCCGAAUCGCCGCCACCCCACUCGCAUCUCCCUGGUCUUCUACCAGCACAAGUCCUUAAACGAACCAGGACACGGGAUGGCCAUGUGGGAUGCAAAAAUGGCCAAGCGUGAACGAGAGAGAGAGGAGGAGGCGGAGAGGUUAAGGAUGGAGGACAGCAUAGGAGCUGGAGGGGUGGAGCUGGAGGAGGAAAUAGGCGAGGAGGAAGAGGAGGCAAAGAGGAAGAUGAAUGUCCCGACACGUCAAACAUGGACUCAGCCGAGGGACAGCGUCAUCACCAUGUCCCCUUAUGCUCUUACCCAAGUGACGGGUCCGUACAACCGCUGGACUUAGUCUACAUGUUUUACACACACACAUGCGCACACACAGAAAACUCCUACACCCUGUGCUUCUGCCUUACCUCAACUUCAAACUGCUACUCUCAUUUUUACGUGGUUUUCAUUGUGCUUUUCUAAUAUCUGUCUGUUUCACUUUGUCCUUCUUCUUCUCUGCCUUUGAGUGACGAGGAAGACCAAAGUUGGUUGGCUUUUUUAACUGUGAGUUUUGGUGUUGUUUUUAUUGUAAAGAGAUGGUGCUUUGAAGCAUUUUUAAACUGGUUUUUAUAUACAUGACUAAGAACAAAAAAGAUGUGAUUAUUUAUUCUGAUCAGAACGAUUUCUAUUUAAUUCCUGGUGUAAGCCUGUUUACUGCAAGAUUUCUAUGAUAACCUUCAUUAUGUGUCAGAUUCUAUGUUGUACAGUAGCUCUUUAUUUUCAGCCAGUGGUUCUCCUUUCUUGAGAGGAACCUCUUUGGCUUUUUACAAUGGUGCCAUUCUCACUGUAACCUUUGUUAAGCAAACUCAUCGCAUCGCAUAAUGUAGAAAACAAGACUAAUAAUGUGUAUAUAUGUACUACAGAUCGUCAUAUGUAGCAUUGUGCUUUUCCUUCUGCUACCUCUGACGUCUGUCGGCGGGUGAUGGAGGAAACACACUUGUAUUUUGGUUUGUUGUUGUUUUUGUUUGCUUCCUUUGUGUCUGGAUGGUUUGUCUUUUAUUCACAGCUAUGUGUGGCAUAUUAAGAAGCACUUUUUUUAUUUUCCUUCACUUGAAAAGGUCCCAACCCAUAGGCCUGAAUAUGUAUGUACAGAUAGAGAUAUAUAUGACAGCUAAGCAUGAACCCAGUUUUAUAUUUACAGUAUUCCUCUAUUAUCCGAUUUUCAUUCAUUUGAUUGAAAAUGACAUACAUAUCUCGUGAAAUUCAGCAUUAUUAUAGGAAUUGGGAAAUGCUGCAACAUUGAAGUGCUUAUUAUUAUUGGCACUUAGCAAAUGUUCACCUUCUGGAAAAGAAAUUUGAAAGUCUUUCCCGAGGCACACAUGUGAUGGUAGGAUUUCAUCCACUUACUGUACAUUGAAAUGGUGCUAAUAAGACCUCUGUUUUUUACAGAAAUCACAAAGUGUCUGCUAUGUCAACUAAAUUUGCCACUUUUCUGUGUCCAUACUCUGAAUAAGAAACUGUUUAGCCGGUGCUGACUUCUCAAACUUCAUCUUUGACCUCUUUUCUGCAUUUGUUGGAAAACCACUCAAACAUCACACCCUGUUCAGACAAUUUGCCUGAGACGGCCCUGGUGCUCAAGUCUUAUAAAGACUUUGUUUACUGAUCACUUGUUACAGGGUCUGAAAAGGAGGCUCACCUCCUGUUGAAUCAAGAUUUUUAUUUUGUAAUACCCAUGAAAGAGAAGCGCUUCAUUUCAUCACAAAACCUUUCACACUAACGCUGGAGGAACGUCUCAUUCAUGCCCUUUGACCUUCGGUGCUACGAGAUCAAGAUGUCAGGGUUCACACAGUACAUCAGUCUAACCUGAUAAACUGAUCGGUGCUUGCAUGGUGCUUUUUGAAACUCAGCACACACUGGUCUAGCUACGAUUGAGUUUGAUCAUUUCUUUUGUUGAUAUCAGACUGAGACACGUUUGUUACCCACCGUUUAUCUUGAUGUUAAGUACAUGUCGAAAACAAAUUAAUGUGCAGAUGUCCAUCGAUAAUUCAAAUGUCUUCCACAGAUAACCAAACUGUCAAUGCUCAAAUAUACACACAAAACAAGAUGAAUGUAAACUGUUUUUUAAAAAGCCGAUUUAGAAAGAACAUUUCUGAACACGAUAUCGUUGCAUUAUUAGUAAAUGUUUCUAUUGUUUGAAUGAGGACGACGCUCAGUCCACACUGAAAGUCUUUGUACCAACGAGGAACUGACAACUAGCACCAGCAUUAAAAAAAACCUGAAAAAAAACUUUUAUUGGUAGAAAAGUUGUAAAUAUGUAUGUGAACCAUAUUGUUUUUACUGUACUGUUAAUGGUGUGUAGACAAUGGAUGAUCUUGCUUAUUUUGAAACUGAAUUACUGUAUGUUGCUGAAAGUAUAUCCAGUUUAGACUUGAGAAGAGACUCAAUUUAGCAUUCCUUUUAUGGAUGGCUGAUCUCUUUCGGGAUUGUGAAAUAAAGUCAUAUUUAUAUUUUGGACCUGA